CGUAUUCUAAUACGUUUGGGAUUCUAUUGAUACACGCGUGUUUUUUUUAAAGAUCGGUAUCAUAAAACAUCCUUUUGGUUUGAUGGAGAAUCAUGAGUUAAAACAAGUUCUCAAUGAUUUGAUAUAUAAAAAAAUGGAGUUCAAUCCUUUCAAUAUUGAUCAAGUGAGAUGCUUUAAGUGUGUAAUUAACACAGUAAGUUUGAAUAUUUCAAUGAUAUAAGUCACAAGAUACGAAUAUAGCGUUUGCGAAUUAUCGUGGCAAAUAGUAGGUUUUCAUCCUUUAAUGUUUCACUUUUUUGAAGUUACUCAAGGGGUCAUUGUCUUAGGUAAAUAACCAUUUUGACUCUUGGUCUCGGAUUUGAAUGUAUUUCAGGACAAUGAGCCUAACUAUUCAUGAGUCUCAAUAUGUCAUGUCGUCAGCAGACUGUAGUAUUGGCGAGUACAUUCUUGUCUGGAGCAAAUCUACUUUCCUGUACGUUUUCAGGCUGGUGAUAAUUACUUUUCAAUCAAUGGUCCAGUUUCGGAGUCUAUAUAUAUAUCAAAUUGGGCAAGAGCGUCUCACAUUCUCACAUUAUGGAAUGAACUUCUCGAGCUCUUUCUAAUACCAUAAGAUUCGUUGGUCUACUUGGUAGUCAUGCUCUUGGUAGCAAUCCAAGGUUUAUGGCUAUAGCGGUUGAUCUAGGACGUGAAUUGUUAAGGAGAAAAAUCAGGCUUACCUACGGAGGAGGCAACAUUGGCCUUCAAGGAGCUGUAGCUUCAACGGUCUAUAAUAAUGGUGGUAGAGUCAGAGGUUUCAUACCAGGGUAUAUAGCAACACGACAGGUUUACGGACCUACGUACGGUGUAGAGUACACCGUCUCCAGCAAUUACUAUAAGUAUUUCGAGAUGAAUCAUAUUGUGGAAGCCUUCAUUGUACUUCCUGGAGGGAUUGACACUAUCGAAGGUUUGUUCACCUUAAUCUCAUGGGCAUCUGAAGGGUUGCACAGCAGACCUAUUGGUCUCUUAAACAUUGACGGUUAUUUCAAUAACCUAAUCAAGUUUCUAG